AUGAUUGGAAGUCUAUUCUUCAUCUUCAACCGUAUGGUGGAGAUCGUCUUCUUGAUCCCCAUCAUCGGCAUGAUGGCCUACUUCGUCCACGGCUACCUAAAAGCCAACAUGCUCACACCGGCCUACAUCCUCGUCAUCUUCAUCGUCAGCGUCGUAGCCGUCUUCUGGGCAAUCGACACCCUGAUCCGCUUCUCAGCAACCAAGCGCUCAGCCAUAUUCGUCUCCUUCGUCGACCUCCUCUUCAUGGGCGCAUUCAUCGCCGGUGUCUACGAACUCCGCUUCAUCGCAAACCAGAGCUGCUCGAGCUGGGACGGCGGCUCGGUCUGGGUAUCACUCGGUCCAUUCGGCGAGUACGGAGCGGAAAUCAAUAACGAUUAUCAUCUGCACAUUGACAAGACGUGCGCGAUGCUCAAGGCUUCAUUUGCAAUGGGCAUUAUGGAAGUGGUCUUCUUUGCUUGGACGGCUUUCUUGGCGCUUUUCUUGCAUUCGCGUGAACGGGAGGUUAUUGUCAAGGAGACUACUGUUAGGAGACGGAGUCAUAGUUCGAGACGGGGGCACUCGAGCAGUCAUCGGAGACAUCGUAGCUCGAGUCGGCGCCCUGCGUAUGUGGUUUGA